AUGUAUGAAGAUGAUCAAGUGAGAAAAUGUAUGGAGGGUGACUGCAAAAGUUGGGUGCAAGAUGGCAAGAUGAGGAUUGAAUUAAGAGAUGAGGAAAUAGAACGCUUGAACCGGACUCUGGAAGGUGGUCGUCCUCAUGAUGUUAUCUCUCUAGAAGCUAAAAGCAAAAGUAAUGAACGUCUUAUAGCACACUUAAACCUACAGGUUGAAUAUCUUCAGCGUACUAACUGCGAUCUGGAGAAGCAGUUGAAAGAACUUAUGGAGAAAAAAAGUGAUGCAGCAAAUGAGGUUGUAAAUCUGAGCACGAAAAAUGAGCACUUGUGCAAUGAAUUGAAUGAGAUUGACCAUUUGGCACAGCAGUUGGAAAGAGACAAAGAAAUUGCCCUAGAGAUUGCUGAUAAGGAAAUUCAAGAAGCAAAGGAUGAAAUCCAGAAGCAGCACAAAGAACUGGAAGGAUUUGAAGAAACGAUUGCUAGACUGACCAAAGAACUUACUGCAACACAUGUUGACAACACCAAGCUUCAAGAAGAGUUACAGUGUAAAGUGGAAGAAAACAAAACUCUCAGUGAUUUGUUAAAUCAAGUAAAACAGGAAAAACAAAGGCUGAUUGAAAGAGUUGAUAAACAAGUAGCAACAG